UGCACUCAUUUUCAUACAUGGGGAAUAUGAGAGCGGCGAAGAGAUGGGAAAGAGCAGCAACGUGGGGGGCAUUAAAUAAAAAAAAUAAGCGGUUAGGAGGCAAUAGGAGGACGCUAAUGUAAUCCUGUAAGUGUUAUCCGUGUUAGGGACGAGAAAACUUGCUUAGUCGUGUCGGUUUUUUGGUGUUAUUUGGCGUUGAGAAAGGCAAGGCGCCUCCCUGUAGCUGUUUUUUUUCGGUUUGGCUUCAGCUGCAGUGACCGAGCUGCACCGAAAUGGCCCAAAGCAAAGCAGUAGCCACACACCGCUCAUUAUUCACACUCAUCUAUGCAAGCGAAAAUGUUUUGUUCACUAAUAACAAAUAAUCUCGGAACCGUGUCUCUGACGGACUGCCGACUGUAGCCAUAAAAACGUCCAAGUGCCGAAAAAUUAGGAUUUGUGCUUGAUAUUAGAAAAAGUUCAGGUCACAUGGAGCGAGCAGGAAGCAUUCAGCUGGACAUCCCUGACUUCAGCAACUCUGUCUUGUCCCACCUGAACCAGUUGCGCAUGCAGGGCCGGCUAUGCGACAUCGUCGUGAAUGUGCAGGGCCAGAGCUUCCGCGCCCACAAAGUGGUCCUGGCUGCCAGUUCACCAUAUUUCAGGGACCACAUGGCUCUGAGUGAGAUGAGCACUGUGUCCCUGUCAGUGAUCCGCAACCCGUCUGUGUUUGAGCAGCUUCUCUCCUUCUGCUAUACAGGCCGUCUGUGCUUGCAGUUGGCCGAUAUCAUCAGCUACCUGACAGCAGCCAGUUUCCUGCAGAUGCAGCACAUCAUUGACCGCUGCACGCAGAUAUUGGAGGGCAUCCACUUCAAGAUCAGCCUGGCUGAUGUGGAGGAGGAACUGCGUGGCCGUCGGAGUACCGGACGAACCAUUGAGGCUGAGAGAGGUGUCUCACGCUCACUCAGCCCCAGGCAUGGUGGUUCAAGAGUUUUGGCUACACAUGGAGUUGCUACUGGGGUCAUGGAAGUGAGCGAGAUCAGGGAGGUCAGUCCACCCGGAGAAUCCAUGAGCCCACAGAUCGUCGAGCAUAGCGGGCUCGGGCCUGAAGCCGUGGCUGCCGUGAAUGAGCCCAUAUUGCGCAUUAACCGGGCGGGGCAGUGGUAUGUUGAGGCGGGGCCUGACAUGGAGAGGAGCAGGGAUGAAACCAUGCAUGUUGUGGAAGGCCUGCGUAUCAAGACCGAACGCAUGGAGGAGUGGAUGGGAGCAGAGACGCAAGCCUCAGCGGAGGAAGGAAGUGGGACAGAGGAGGGGCCUACUGUGAUGAUUGACACCUCGGGACGCAGCACACUGGUGCAGGAGGGAUUCAUUACUGGUGCAUCCAGGGCCAAAAGUUCUCAGCCAUCCAGCAGCUUCAGCGAGUCUGAGAGGUUUAGCCCAACAGGCAGCGUGGUGGUGAUGGCUGAAAGACCGAGGGCCAAAAGUGAGUCUCCAGGAAGAGUGGACGAUCAGAGGCAUCCUAGCUCUCAGGGAGAGGAAGCAGCUGUGUUUGAUGUGGGAGGGUACGAGGAGUAUCUGCGUGAGCAGGUGGGUGAUCGCUGGUUCCGCUAUAACCCACGCCUCACCUGUAUCUACUGCUGCAAGUCCUUUAACCAGAAGGGCAGCCUCGAUCGUCACAUGCGGCUUCACAUGGGCAUCACACCAUUUGUGUGCCGCAUGUGUGGAAAGAAGUACACGCGCAAGGACCAGCUGGAGUACCACAUCCGCAAGCACACAGGAAACAAGCCCUUCCACUGCCAUGUCUGUGGCAAGAGCUUCCCCUUCCAGGCGAUCCUCAACCAGCAUUUCCGCAAGAACCAUCCAGGCUGCACGCCACACGAGGGCUCGCAUAGCGCCUCUCCUGAAACCACCACCAACAACAACAAUAACGUCAACAACACGAACGCCAACGCUGCCACGCCCCGCCGCACUCAGCAUGACGAUGACGACGAGUCUGAGGGAACUGGCGCAGGAGCCAGAGGAGGAGCUUCAUCUUUUGGAGAGGGGAUACAACCAUCAGUCUCCACCACCGGGCCCGAUUGAAGGGAUUGGGCUUGAUACACAAUGCAUGGAGGUUGAGGAGAUUAAAAACAUUUGGGGCUUUGCAAAAAAGAAGAAAAACAAAGGAAAAAAAACCCCAAGAACUUUCCUACAAGCCAGUCAACCACGAGCAUGCAGGAGCUGAUGCAGCACGGGAUAACCGGCUGCUCGAAAAGCUGCUGUCAGUCUGAUGUUAAAAAAAAAAAAUAUAUGAGGAGGAUGAGUUGGUGGUAUUUUAUCUUCGUUUCUCAGACGUUCUUUCAACUGUAAGUAAACAAACAAACAUGAGACAACAAAACAAAUGCUAAGACAGUUUGCUAUAAAACUAAACUAUAAUAAUAGUAAUUAGGUAUUUAUAAAUAAAAAAUUAAAAAAAAAUAACAUGCGCUUUAAACCGCAUCUACCUUCAGUUGCACAAACUGAACCGUUACUUCAACAAAUGAAGACAAGCCACACUCCAACAACCUCACACCACUGGAUGCAGUUAUUUCUGUUGGGGUUUUUCCUUUUAAUUUGCCUUUCCUGUCUUUUAUAUGUGUUACAGGUGUUGUUGGGGUUUUUUUUUUCUCUUUCAAAAGCUUCAGGAUUCAGGACAAAGAGAUGAUGUGUUAUGAUUUGGUCAAAUUGUGUUCAAAUAAUUGCCAAACUUCUCUGUGCCAGAUGGUGAUUAUAAAAUAGAGGAUGUUUCAGUCCUCAGUUACCUUUGCCUUGAGACAAUCUUAACAUAUUGAUCUGGGGUUCGACGCUGCUGCUCCCCAGCUAUAGCUAGGCUAGAAAAACGGGUUCUGUUUUUCUUCGUUAGGGCCCCUCAGGUCUGAUCUAAUGCUCUAAUGCCAGAUUCCUAAUUUGUUUAGUUUGUUUCUAAGUGCCAACCUGGCUUUGUUUUAAAUUCUUCUGUUUGUCAAUAGGCCUAGAAAAAAACAGCUAAUGGACUUUUAAUUAGUUGUUGCUUUACGCAGCAUGUUCUAAAAGCAGUGAUAAGACUGAUAUUGGUAUUUGGGGGGAAAUAAUAGCAAUUGAUACUGAAUUCAGUUCUUUUUUUUUUUUCAUUCCCAUACUCCAAAUCCAGCUGCUGACUAUAAUUAAUACAGUACUAUAGAAAACAGGAAAGUGUUCAACCUCAGAUAAGCUACAGUACCACUCAGUUACCUCUCCCUCAUCACUACGCAAUACAGAUCUGUUACACACAGAUUGGUGGAUGCACUCAACUCAGUUUCACCUUAAAAGGUUUCUUUCUCCAUGUUUCUAUAUUUUACUGUUUUGGGUUUUUUUUUUUCUUUCUUUCUUCUUGUUGUAAUAAGUGAACAAUAAGAGGUUUGUAUUUUGUAGAUUUUGUUUGGGUAUCGCUCUGACAGUGAUAGAGCAUGUUAGAGUUGGUGGGAAGCGAUUUGUAGAACUUUUUCAUGGCAAACGUCCAACGAAAAACAGGAGUCAGGAAUGGAACCAAAUCCAGGACACGUGUACGUCUCUGUUAACGGGAAAUUUGUGUUUAAUUUUUUUUUUUUUUUGAAAUGCCACGGAAUGACUGUGAGAUUUCAGAGGAGAGCACUUUAAAUGUGGAGUCAAAUUUUUUGUUUGUUUGUUUGUUUGUUUCUGAGCAGAUGGUGCUAUGAUUCGACUUCAAGUGACAGAAGCUCUCGGGAACCAAAGGAACAGAAACGUAUCGUAGAUGUUAUACCUCUGAAACUCAGUGUGCAAGACCGAGGAAUCUAUUGUUAAAAACAAACAAGUAAAAGAGAGAGAUUACAUCCGGCACUUAAAGAUAAGAUUGUUUAAUGGGGGAUGGGGGGAGGGGGGGUUCUUCUUUUAAAAUAUCUGAUUAUAUAUCACUUAUGCAUAUAGAGACAACUUUUUGUAUGUGUAAAAAUGCGCAAGGAAAGAAAAGCUUUGGUGAAAGGCCAUUUGUUGGAUGGAUGGCUGGAUGGAUGGAUGGACAGAUGGAUGGAUGAUGGGGAUUUUAUUUCUUUAAGGCUGUGAAUCACACGUGGUUGUGACCAUAUUUUUUUCCACCUUCCCUGAUAACUGGGAAGAACCUAGAAGAGAAACAGCUACUGAUUAUUUUCAAUGGAAUGCACCUCUUAUCCUCUUAAAAAAAAAAAAAAAAACCAUUCAGGACUCCUCAAGACUUUUCUACCGUUUUCUGUGGCUUCCGUGAAUGCAGGUCAACACCUCUUUAGAAAGAUAUCAGGAACUCUGUCCAUUUGUUUGGAUGUUUACUCUCCUUUCCACACUAAAUGCCGUUUAUUUUGACUUUCUUGGACCUCACGUUACUUUCAACUUCACAAGUGCAGCAGAAACGCACGUCGCCAACGCCAGUGACGACGUGCAAACAUCUCCGUAGUUAAGGCCUCAGAAGCAGUAGCAACACGAAAACGUUAUGAAACUGUGUGUACGUGCGGUGCAGUGUGCGUCAGUCAGGUUAAUGAAGAACGCGCCGAUGUUGCGGGUCUCUUUUUUACUCCAGCGCAACCUCAUGAGAACAGCCGAUGUAGAUUACAACUUUAUAUGUUCAUAACCUCAUAACCUAGUGUGACACGAUAUAAGCAUUUUGUUUGUUUGUUUGUUUGUUUGUUUGUUUUUCCCUUCAUAUUUCAAGAUUGUUUGAUUAUUAGCCAGUCCCGUAAUGGCAGGGUGGCGGUUAUAGUGACAGUGAUGGACAUAUCUCAGUAUCUGAUGUGUGAUCUUAUGUUUGUUUCUCUUCAGUACAAUGCAAAGGAUUUGUUUGUAUGAUCGAUCAUUCCAAGUUGCAGAAUGUUUUCAGAAGUGUAAAACGUUAGGGCUAAUACUAAUGUGCAGUAUCUCUUCAUAUCUAUCCAUGUCAAAAAACAAACAAACCCUCACUUCAGUCCAGCAUCAACUCUUUUUUUGAGAAGCCUUCUUGGUUCAGUUACCUGUUUUUCCUCUGACCUUCUUGUUUUGAUUUUUAUCGUUUGCUUUCGAAGCUUUAAUCACGUAGGAGAAACACAUUAUCACAAUGUAAAUACUAGUGCUAUUUAAAAUUUCUAAUAAUCAGCACAGCUACUGCAGAUGCAGACUGCAUUGACUGAACAAGUCUUCUGUAUUAAACGCACACUCCAGUGUUACACGUCUUCACGUCGGACUUUACAGGAAAACUGAGCUGUCGCAAAAAAUUUCAGUGCUCUAUCCAACCAGCGUGUGUGUGUGUGUGUACACCCGGAGUGUAUUCUGAUAAGGUUUUAUCCACGUGUUUGUAUGGCAGGCUAGGAAAAUCUUUCACUUGGUUGAAAUGUUUAGCUUUUUUGCAUGUAGGUCAACUCGAUUUAAUGGUGUAGCAAUUUUGAAAUCCUUAGAAUGCAAAAACAAUCAGGUUUCAUUCUGCAGGAGCAACGCAGACUUCUUCGACACUCGGCAUCUGAUCCGAAACUGAUUCAGCUUCGCUAUGACACAGUGAUAUCCAGGAACAUGCUCACAGUGUAAUGUUGACUAUGUGACAAAAUCACACUUAGACAUCUUUAAGUAAUUUAAGACCCAUUAUAUAAAAAUCUCUAAUGGUCAGUCUCAUGCAGCAGACGUCUAGCUUUUACUGGUGAGAGCAAGAAUACUAAACUUGCACAAGACCAAUCACAUUUCCAUCUCUCUAAUGACGGUGUUAAUAUCUCGCCCUGAAAUUUGUCAGUGUUUAAAUAUUUCCAUCAAACCCUUGUGCAGAUACACUGAAAUGUGAAGGCCUAGUCAGAUUCAAGAUUGUGAUCUUGUGGCCAGAAAAGUGUACUCUGUAUGGAGCAUCAGAGUCUCAGACUCUACAGAAAAAGUUGUGUUGAGGCUCUGUAAUGCACAUAAUAUGGACAAAACGCAACAAAAUGGAAGUAAAGCAAUCGCGUAAUAGCUAGAAAUUGAUCUGUGGAAAUUUUUUUGCGAUCCUGUACGUUAGCUCUGUUUAUUGUUGCACGCGGCUGUGUUUGGAUAAUGCACUGAAAUGUUUUUUUGCAGCUCUUCAUUCAGCAACUCCACUUACCUCAGAUUCUCAAUUUUCUACCAGUAAGCUUGUGAAGUUUCAGUUGCAUGUCUCUACUACGUACUCAUUCUAUUAAAAAAAUAAAAAAAUAAACCUGGGAACACUGAACGACAGUGCUGAGCCAUAUCGGACAGAUUUGUUCAGUCUUGUCUCGUCCCUCCGAAUAUUUUGUACAGGGAACAUAUUAGACGAGUCGAAUGCAAAGUUUUUCUAGCGGAACGACAGCACUGUUGAUUUGUGAGGCUGCGACUGAGACGCUUUUUUUCCUUCUCGUUGUUGUUUUUGCAGCCUCACGCUCUGUCUUUGAGAGGGAGGGGGAUGAAGAACAGACUCGAAAUGUUACUCGUUAAUUUGCAUGUCUUUGUCAUUUGUGAUGGCCAAACAUUAGUCUGUUUAUAAGAAUGUUUCCAGUCAUCUAAACAUAUUGCACCAGUAUAUGCCAAAAUAAUGACUUUUUUUUUUUCUCUCCUCAUUUUGUCUUGCUAUAUUGUUUAUGUCCCGAAAGCAAUAUAGUCUCUAAAGAUAUUUCUACAUCUGUCUUGAUCAUGUUACUCUUAAUCAUAUUUUAUUUUACAUUAACAUGAAUUAAGCAUAUUUUUUAAACUAAGGUAUUUUACUCUGGAUUCUUUUAAGUUAAAAUGAUUAGUAGUGUAUUAGACAUCAAUUACAACAUAUAUUUAAAUUUUAGACAUUUAUUGUAAUAACCAGAAUAUUGUUAAUAAUAACUCUGAAAGUAAUAUAAUGUAAGAAAAUGAAUUAUUGCAAAUCUGACUCUUGCUCUCCCUUUGGAAAAGGUACAGAGAUACAUGUGAUUAUUAGUGAUCUAUAAUGUGAAUGCUUCUUUUCACAACCACUGUUUCUUUCUUCCUCACUAGCAGAUUUUAAAUCCAUUCUCCUAAAAGGAAAUAAAGCACUUUAAGUGUUUAACUGUGAAGGAUUUAUUACAAUAUUCUAUAAAUGCCUGAUUAUACGAAGCCCACAUUGUGUGAUCUGUUAAAGCCAACAUUUCUAACAUGGAAAAAAUAAACUUGUUUUAAUCCAAGCUCUAGUGCAGUAUGUAUGUAUGUAUUUAUUUAUUUGUUUGUGCUUUAAUUAAACUGUAGUUAAUAUUAUU